AUGGCACCGGUACGUUUCAGCUUCGAGCAGCUCCCCAGCUUCCAGCAACUCCUCAGCUUCGAGCAGCUCCUCGGCUACCUCAUCCUGUGGAUCGGUAUCAUCUCAUGGCUCCGAUGGCUAACACAGGAACAAAAGAUCAAGGAGAUUCUGUUCGACUGCGACAAUACUCUUGUCCUGAGUGAGCACCUUGCGUUCGAGGCAUGUGCCGAACUCGCCAACGAGAUCUUGGAAAAGCAUGGAAAAUCAGACCGCUACACCGGCCCUCAGCUCCUCAAGGAGUUUGUUGGCCAGAACUUCAGAGGCAUGAUGGUCUCCCUGCAGAAGAAGUACGGCUUUGAAAUCCCAGAGGACGAGUUCAACGCAUACGUCGACCGCGAGCUCGGCAAGGUUGUCGAGACACUGGAGAAGAAGGCCGAACCCUGCGCUGGUGCCACUGAGGUUCUCGAGAAGCUAUACAAGAGCAAGAAGUAUGGUCUUGCAGUCGUUUCGUCGUCAGCUCUCUCCAGAGUCCAGGCUUCCAUCCGCAAGGUCGGCCAGGACAAAUUCUUCCCCGCCGAGCACGUCUACAGUGCUGCCACUUCUCUUGAGAAGCCAACCUCGAAGCCGGACCCUGCCAUCUACCUUCAUGCAUGCAAGGAAAUCGGUGUCGAACCGAGCCAGUGUGUAGCCAUCGAGGACAGCAAGUCCGGAGCCACCGCUGCCAAGAAUGCGAAGAUUCCUCUCAUUGGCUACGUCGGCGCCUACGACGAGAAAGAAGAAAUCGACAGAAUGGCCAAGAUGUUGACUGAGGAGUGCGGAGCCAUUACUAUCAUGUACCACUGGAACGAGUUCUUCGACUGCCUGGAGAAGGUCGAGCAGGCUCUGGCAUGA